AUGAGAUUUGUGCAAAAAAAAAGAUCAACCAAAUUGAUACAAUUGAUGAGUCCAUCAAUCGCCAUGCCACCAAAGAGCACCAAGGGUAAGGAACCAACUCUACUAAUAAACGGAGAGUCCGUUUUGGGAGAGAGAUGGUGUCCCAUCUAUGAAAAAGAUACUAAUUUUGAACUGAGUCAUUUCGAACAAGCGAUGCUUAAUAUAAUCAAACAACCAAACAUCAAUUCAACUGUAAUACUACGGGCCGAUAUUUUAAAGGAGAGGGUUUUUGAUCCAAAUGAAGGUGAAACUACAUUUAUCAGUAAAUUGAUAAAUACUGUGCCGGACGUGGAAUCAAAAGACCAGGGAAGUGAUGUUGUUUUGCUACAUCGUGAUUUACAAGAUGUCAAUAUUAGAGAGAUAAAUUUGGAUGGGUGUCAGCUUUACUUGAAAAAUAGGUGUGAAAUUGUGCGAAGAAUGAUACCUCGUAAUCCAUUUAAAGACUACAUUAUCAAUCAGACCUGUUUGGUAAUGAAGACAGAAGACGAACAGAAUGUUCUUGUGGUGUAUGUGCCACAUAUACACACGGCAGAGGAAAUACCUUACUACCUACCCCCAGUCUAUGCUGUUGGAAUUUUGUACCACAAUCACAAGGUGUCACUUCACUAUCUACCUUUCGAGUUGGAUAAUUGGCGCGAGGAAAAGAAUAAACUAAAAAAUAUGAACUUGUCGGAGAGACCAAUUAGGAUUGCAUUAAGGUUACUACAAACAUCCACCAAGCACUCAAGUGGUGUGAAACUUGGAUACGAAAAGCGAGUCAAUCACGAUUUAGUCGUAUCAAAGGUAGAUUUUCAAAACAGAUACAUCACUCUUAAAUCGAAGUAUUCAUCAGAUUUGGUCAAUUCAUGGUGUGAAUCCACCGAUCCAAAGAAGCACGUAUUUGAGGAUCUUGCAAUAGCUGCCUUCUUGAUAGAGUAUUGGAAAUUGAAGAAAUUUAACAAGGAUGAGUUUGAAUUCCGUGAUUUGGGUUGUGGUAACGGACUUCUUGUGUAUAUAUUAAUGAUGGAGGGGUACAGGGGAGAAGGAAUAGACGCACGAGCAAGAAAGUCGUGGAAAAUGUAUCCUCCGGAAGUACAAGAAAAGUUGGUGGAGAAAAUCAUCGUCCCUAGUAUCUUAUUAAAACCUCAUCCUUCAUUGGCAAAAAUAGCGCCACAUAUAAAAGACAACGGUAGACAAUUUGCUGAACCAAAGAACAACCAAGUCAAUUAUCAUACAGCGGAAAGCUUACUCAACUCACCCAACGUCUGUACCACUGAAGACUUUUCAAAAAAUACAUUUCUAAUAGGAAACCAUUCGGAUGAGUUGACGUGUUGGAUUCCAUUGUUAGAGUUUCCAUUCAUGGUGAUACCUUGUUGCUCACACGCUUUAAAUGGUAAUAAAAUGAGGUUUCCCCCAAGAAAGGUAAAAACCGCUUUGCCUAACCAGGCUCUGACAUCUACAUAUGGCUCUUUGGUAGACCACGUGGAGGACAUUGCCAUAUUGAAUGGAUGGCAGAUUGAAAAGGAAAUGCUUCGUAUCCCCAGUACAAGGAAUGCGGCCGUGAUGAGUUGUGAAAAAGUGAAACCAUUUCAAGGAGAGCCUCAGGAAAUUUCACAGUUGAGGGUUUUAGAUAUAAUUGCUAUGGAAGGCGGUGCAGAAGGAUGGGUUGAGAACUCAUUAAAUUUGAUGAAAAAAGCGCCUAGGAGUCAUUAA